UGAUCAGUGCAGAUUUCGUGCGAUGAUGACAUGAACAUUAUCAGAAAUGUUAGAAAAGCCAGUAUAAACUCUCAACAAUCUCUACUUACCUAGUGAUCGACCCCUUACAUUUCACUAACAAGUGGCCUCUCAACUUAAAACUCUAAUCUCUUCAGAUUUCCAAUAAAACCCUGUGAUUAAUGGCUGUUUUCUGUAUAUAUAACACAAUCCUGGCGAUACCUUAGCACCCAGAAAUGGCUGUUUCAAGUCGUAGGUUCCAGUAUUGCUUGAUCUUGCCCAUACUCAUAGCAGUUGGAAUGCCAAUAUCUAGCCAAAUGGCUGCAGCCCAUAGCUGUAACACUGAUAUUGUGGGUCUUGUAUCACAAUGUCAAAAAUCUGUAGAAAAGUCAGGACCAAGAAUUUCACCAUCACCUGGGUGCUGUGCUCUAGUGAAGAAUGUUGAUGUUCCAUGCGUUUGUGCUCUUCUUACAGAGGAAAUUCAAGAUAUGAUCAGCAUGAAGAAGGUGGUCCAUGUCGCACGAUCCUGUGGUAAAAAGAUUUCACCCGGAACAAAAUGUGGAGGUUAUACAGUUCCCAGAACAUGAAGUGAAUCUGUGCUUGAUCUUUUCCAGCAAAUAUUAACAAAUAAAGACAUGAUUGUGCAGAUGUGAUCAGAUUCAAAUGUGUAUGUUUCCUUAAUUUCUAAUGAUCGAUAUCAUAUCUUCUACUUAAUAUUUAAAAUGGAAGACUGUGAAGACUCUC